CGGUUCGUCCAUCUACCGUUGAUGACGACACAGUCGUGGUCAAAGUAACGACGGCUGUUACCGUUUGAACGGAGGAAAUAACAGCCACCAUUUCCCGCCACUCGUGUCCUCCCGCAUCAGGCUUGAAAGAGGAAGUGGGCGGGGCCCUCACGGUGCACCCCCCUCCCUCAGUCCUCCAGUCACCCCGAGUUCUGACUGAUUUCUCGGUUCGACCCGAGGCGUACGCGAGACUCGGUCCGAGUCCGAGUGAGCGACUCGUGGGGUCGGGUUCGAGGUGAUCCGUCGAGAAGCUAAAGCUAACUAGGCUAGCGAACGAAGCGGAGCCCGCUGGUGGGCUGCUCGCCUUCCGUCUUCUGGACCGGAACUUGGAGUAAGGCGCGUUAGCUAUAGCCGGACCGCCAGCGGGAUGUGCCGGAGCAGCUAGCGAGCGGGACGAGAGUCGGAACCGCCGCAGCCCAGUGGAGGCCCCCGGGUCGGAGCCGGGGAGCAUGCGGGUGGAGCGAAGAACCAGAAGCACAAGUAGAUAGUCCCCCUGAGUCAACAUGAAGAAGUUCUCCCGGAUGCCGAAGUCUGAGAGCGGAGGACUCGGAGGAGCGUCCGGGUCCGGCAGCUACAUCGGGAAGGUGUUCGCGGUGGGUCGAUACCAGGUGACCGUGGAAGAGCUGGUGGCUGAAGGAGGGUUCUCGGUGGUCUUCCUGGCACGGACCCAUAGCGGCGUGCGCUGCGCCCUGAAGAGGAUGUACGUUAACAAUGUGCAGGACCUGAACGUUUACAAGCGGGAGAUCACCAUCAUGAAGGAGCUCUCAGGUCACAAGAACAUCGUGGGCUACCUGGACUCAGCCAUCGGCGCUGUGUCGGACAGCGUGUGGGAGGUUCUGAUCCUCAUGGAGUACUGCAAAGCGGGUCAAGUGGUGAAGCAAAUGAACCAGCGUCUGAACGUGGGCUUCAGCGAGGCUGAGGUCCUCACCAUUUUCUGUGACACCUGCGAGGCUGUCGCCCGCCUGCACCAGUGCAAGACCCCCAUCAUCCACAGAGACCUGAAGGUGGAGAACAUCCUACUCAACGACCGCGGCAGCUACGUGCUGUGUGACUUCGGCAGCGCCACCCACAAAGUCCUGCAGCCGCACCGGGACGGCGUGAGCGCGGUGGAGGACGAGAUCAAGAAGUACACCACUCUCUCGUAUCGAGCUCCUGAGAUGAUCAAUCUAUACGCGGGAAAGGCCAUCACCACCAAAGCUGACAUCUGGGCGCUGGGCUGCUUGCUGUAUAAACUGUGUUUCUUCACACUUCCAUUCGGCGACAGUCAAGUGGCCAUCUGCGACGGGACCUUUGUUGUGCCGGACAACUCCAGGUUCUCCUUCCAGCUGCACUGUCUGAUCCGAUUCAUGCUGGAGCCAGACCAGGAGAAGAGACCCGACAUCUACCAGGUCUCCUACGUGGCCUUCAAGUUAGCAGGACGAGAAUGUCCAGUGCCAAAUCUCUUUAGUUCUUCCAUCCCCUCUUCGCUUCCAGAACCUAUGACGGCCAGUGAGGUCGCCGCCAAGAAGAGCAUGACCAAAGCCAGGAUCACUGACUCGGUGGGUCCCACAGAAACAUCCAUCGCUCCGCGCCAGAGGCCGAAGGCGGCGAACAGCAACGUGGCAAUGCUGCCCAAGAUGAGCACCACGGUGGUCAGCAACGGUCACAAAGCGCCCACGCCGAGCCCCGGGCAGCCGGCGCCGCAGACGCAAACCGCCGGCCAGCAGAACAGAGUCCUGCAGCAGCUGCAGCCGGGUGACCUGCGACUGCAGCAGCAGCUUCAUCCUGCUCCUCAGCCGCUCCAGUAUCUCCAGUACCAGCAGGCCAUGCAGCAGCAGCCUGUGCUCCAUCAUCACCAGCAGCAGGCGCUAAUGCAGCAGCAGAUGAUGAUGCAGCCCAUGUACCAGCAGCAGGUGGCCCAGGCCCAGUACGCUGCCAUGCUACAACAGUACCAGCAGGCUUUCAUCCAACAACAACAGCAGCAGCAGCAGCAGCAGAUGUUCCUGACCUCCCCCCUUGACCUCCAGCUGCCCAUCGGGUCGCUCAACACACCUACUGCUGCACCUGGUGGCCCAGUUGGACCUGCACCCGUGGACACCAGGAGCCCCCUGCAGGCCCCCGACGGCAUCACACCCACCUCUCAGAGCAGCAGCAAAACGGUCAGUCACCCCCCCGACAUGUCACGCUGGAACCCCUUUGGUGAGGACAACUUCUCCAAACUGACGGAGGAGGAACUGAUCGACCGAGAGUUUGACCUCCUCAGAGCAGAAAGACCACCAGCGAGGAGGUCCAGUUUAGGGUUGGACCACCAGACCAGCUCUAAGCCCCACCCAUCAGAGGACCUGUUUGGCGCCGCACCCUUCGUGGCCACUGCAGGUUCCGAAGCCACGACUCGGCAGAUGGAGCAAGAGGUGGAGUCUAUCCCAGAGGAUGCGCCGCCACUCAGUAAGGAGCAUCCAGUUGGAAGAAGUCGUCGACCCGGGGACCACUCGGAGAGCGACUUUGAGUCGGAUCCUCCGUCGCCAAAAAGCAGUGAAGAGGAAGAGCCGGAGGAGGAGGAGGCGCUGAACAGUGAGCAUGGUGACGACACGGAGCCUGAGAAUCUGGGACAGCACCCCCUGCUGAUGGACUCUGAGGACGAUGACGACACAGAUGAGGAGUCUGGCAGGGUCAAAGGUCAGCUCAGGAAGGGAGAGGCAAAGAGAAGACCAUUGCCGGCUGCCGACACCAAGACCCCUCAGUCUUCGGGUGGGGCUGGCGUGGACGUGUUUGGAGCGCCCCCGUUCACGAGUGUAGAGGACUCGGCCGGAGGUCCGCAGACCGCCGACAUCUUUGCCAAAGCUCCUUUCAGGCAGGGGAGUCGGGAGCACCGCUCAGUGGACGACUUCGACGUGUUCACCAAAGCGCCGUUCAGCCGGAACCCGUCAAGAUCCGGGAGAGGCGACGGCCCGUUGGGUCAGACUCCCCCGGUUUCGCCCGAUGGCAUCGACGUGUUCGGCUUCUCUCCCUUCCAGCCGUCGGCGGCUCUGCCCACCACCUCCCGCAGCGCAGAGGACAUCUUCCUGUCCAGGGACGGUGGGAGUCCCGGGCAGCAGCGGCCAAGGCAGCGGAGCCUCCAGAAGCUCUCGUCCCGGCAGAGGAAGACCAAGCCGGACGCGACGUGCGGCGGUAAUGGGAAGCGUCAUCACGGAACGCCGACCGGCACCAGGAAGUCGGGUAAACCUUCAUUCCGCACACCAGAGCGAGUCCGCAGACACAAAAAAGUCGGGCGGCGAGACUCGCAGAGCAGCAACGAGUUCCUGAGCACCUCGGACUCCAAGGAGAACAUCGGCGUGGAUGGCAGCCAGAAGGGGGCGCUGGGAGAGGAAACCCUUCUGGAUCCUUUUGGAGCAAAACCUUUCCAGUCGCUGGAUGUCUCGCGGUUUCAGGGCGACAUGGCCAGUGCCAAAUGUUGGACGUCACUGCCCGACACACUGGAGGAGAACAAGAUGGAUGACUUUGGCGCGGUGCCGUUCACAGAAGUGGUCGAGCCAGACGCAGAGCAGCCGCAGUCUGCAGAGCUGGACCCGUUCGGGGCGGCGCCCUUUACCUGCAAGCACUGAUGGAGCACCACAAAGCCUUAACGACUCUAACCACUGUGUCCUCUAUGUCCUCUGAAGCCACUUCCUGUUCGUCAGCGAAAUAAAGCCACGUUUUUAACGACU